CUGGAGCAGUUCCUUGCUUGUGACUCAAUAUUGUAGCGUCUCGGUCCCUGUGUCGAUGUCAGUGCAGGCGGCUGUUAGCUGGGCUCUGGGGCUGUGUGACACUUGGACAGCCUGGGAAAGCGGGGAAGAGCUGAGAUGCAGCAGCCCCUUGACCGCCGUGGAGACCCAGGCAGUGAAGGGGAACCGGCUCGCUGGAGCGUCCCUGGCUGGAGCCAGAGAGGCUGCGGCUUGCACAGGUAAUGGCCGUAGCUGCAGGCUCAGGAAACAUGCUGCAUGGACAGUCGCAGCGAGCGUUGUACUUGUCGUUCUGGUUGUUGCUGUUGUUGCUCUGGCAGUGCUGGUACUUAAAGCACAGCCCCAGUUCAUGGCCUGGUGCCCAGACGGCUGGAUCGGAUACCAAGGGAAAUGCUACUAUUUCUCCGAGGCUGAAAAGAACUGGAACAACAGCCAGAGCAACUGCUCUGCAUUUGGUGCUUCCCUGGCUGGGAUUGACAGUGAGCAGGACCUGGCUUUCAUGAUGCGAUACAAAGGCGUCUCCGAGCACUGGAUUGGCCUCUGGAGAGAGCAGGAGGGGCAGCCCUGGAAAUGGGUGAAUGGCUCUGAUUUCAACAGCUCGCUUCCGAUAGGAGGAGGAGGGGACUGUGCGUACCUGAACGACAAGGGCGUUAGCUCUUCAAGGUGCAUCACUGAGAGAAACUGGGUCUGCAGCAAACCUGAUGCGUAUACAAGCCAGAAAAACGCGACGCAGAAGAUAAGGAGCUGACAAAGGCUCACAAUGGGCUACUAGAGAAACUGCCUCUCGCACAUCUGGUCUACAGCGGAGUUUAUAAACACAGGCUGAAGAAUAAGAUAGCAAAAUUUCCAUUGGACGCUGGAUUAUUAGGUUAAUUAAAUUGAAAAACAAGAGGAGGAACUUCGGCGGGAUCUAGCCACAUGAGAGGAAUGGGCCACCCACCGGCAAAUGAAACAGUGUGACAAAUACAGAUAGGGUCCAGCGGAGGAACAAUUGAGGAUUACUCAGCCAUCUUCAUAGCUACUAACAUCACCACAACAGCUCAGGAGAAGGAGCCGGGGUGAACUGCUCAUCCCACUGAAAUCUAUGCGCAUUUUCCCAUUCAGUUCAAGGAGGCCAGCAUCUCACCCAGGGGUGUCAUUGUUGAUCGCCCAGUGCAGACCUCGGCUGAGUGUGCAGCAGCUGACAACAAAGCAAACAAGAUGUUGGGGUAUAUAAGGAACGCACUAGGUGAUAAUACAGAAAAUGCUCUGAUGUCAUUAUAUGACUCAAAGGGACGUCCUGAUGGGGAACACCAUGUGCAGUAUGGGUCACCCAUCUCCAAAAGGACGCUGCAGAACUAGAGGAGGUUCAGACACCGGGAAGAAGAAUGAUGUUUUGACACAUUCAAACCAGAAUGUUUUGGGGUUUGAGCCAGAACGAUGGUUUCUUUUUUGAGAU